AGGCUUUAUUCCACAUAAGCUUCUCUUUUUUCGCCGUCGAAUCGCUCUGAAUAAACAUCUCGUUUACGAAAGAACCUCCAAAACUCUGUCCGAGAGUGGCGUUGAUUGUGCCUGGUUUGGAUCAAGUUCCUGUCUCUCGGAGCGCUGUGACGUUGAGACUACAAAAGCUGUUGAAGCCAGGUCUCGUUCCUGACCUCCUUUUUUGGCCAACUUGCUCUUCGAUAACGGCGGUUUCAUCAAUUCUGCGAUGCCGUGUAUCGAUCUUCAGGCGGACUCCGUAUGCUCUCCGGGCUUCUUUUGCCCAAACUCAACGGUCGAUAAUCGCCCCCCGCAGUAUUGCACACCGUCCCCAAGCUGCGUUGGAGACCGCCUCCUGGGCUGGGCCUGCGAGCCUCAAGGAGAUUAUGAGCCGCUGGGCUGCCCAGGCGGUUCGUAUUGUCCGGACCAAAACACCCUGCUUAUAUGUCCACAAGGCUACUAUUGUCCCACAGGGACUGUGAAGCCUAUCAAGUGUCAGCCACUCUCAGGAUGCCCAGAGGGAACCCAGACACCCGCUUACUUCGGAGGCCUGGUCAUCUGUCUUGUGCUGGAUGCGCUGUUUUUCGCUUUUGUUUGGGCUCAAAGCCGGAAGGAGCGUAGAUCACGGAUGGAUGCGAUAGUGACCCCAUCUUCUUCGAGUAAAGCCUUAUCAUCCAAGCCGGGGUCAACUCCACAGGCGUCACGAGAAGUGGUUAUCGACACAAAGAAUACUAAACGCUGGGGUUCUCAGAACUUUGGGAUGCUGAUGGAGUCGGGGAAGGACGUUGAAGUAGGCGUCACGAAACCCUUGACCACCGGUCCUGGGGGAGCUCCACGCAGUAGCCAUCUGGUCCAAGCGUUUCAGCGUGCGCUUGGCCGGAGACCCUUGCAAAUGGAUUUCAGGUUUCAUAGCUUGGGACUGAAACUGAAGAGCGGAAAGUCUAUCCUGGAGGGCGUGAAUGGGGAGAUCAAAGCUGGGCGACUGACCGCCAUCAUGGGACCGAGUGGGGCAGGCAAGACAACCUUCAUGAACGUGCUGAUGGGCAAAGUGCCUCGAACGAACGGAACAUUGUACAUCAACAACAAAGAAAGUGAGAUGCACAAGUUCAAGAAAAUCAUAGGUUAUGUGCCGCAGGAGGAUAUCAUGCACCGGGAACUGACCGUGAAGGAGAACAUCCAUCAUGCCGCGCGUGUCAAGCUGCCUGCUUCAUGGACGGCCAAAGAAGUCGAAGACUACACGGACGCCGUGAUAGCGGCCUUGAACUUAUCGCAUGUUGCGCACUCGCCGAUAGGAGACGAGACAACGCGGGGAAUCAGUGGGGGGCAACGGAAGAGGGUCAACAUAGGCAUCGAGCUCGCAGGUGUCCCCAUCACGCUAUUCCUGGAUGAGCCGACCAGUGGCCUGGACUCGACAUCAGCACUGUCAGUAUGCCAAAACCUCAAAGACGUAGCAGGUCUAGGUCUCACCAUCGUUUCGGUUAUACAUCAACCUCGUUACGAGAUCUUCCGAGCGUUCGACGACAUCAUAUUGCUUGUUCCCGGCGGAAAGACCGCGUACAUGGGCCCGAGUUCUGAAGCACAGCCUUAUUUCGAAGCAAUGGGAUUCGAGUUCGAUAAACGAUGCAAUCCGGCCGACCUGCUCAUGGACAUCCUUGCUGGUAGCGGCAUCAACAAGGAACGGAUCCUGACGCCGGCGGACUUGGUACAUGCUUGGGAACAGCAUACAUCUCCGUCGAGUGCCGCUCCGCAGGUUGUGGAGAGCAGCUCCCUCGACGAGGAGUUCCAUAAUGCGAUUCCUGAAUUGGUUAAAGGCCGCGGUGGGACGUGGUACAGCCAGUUGUGGCAUUGUCACAAUCGAAGUCUGUUGCAGCAGUACAGAACGCUGAGUUCACUAGCAUUGGAGAUUGGAAGUGGCACGUUUUGUGGCGCGUUGAUGGGACUCGCAACCGGGGGAAAGCAGAUGUACGAAGGAGUAUAUGUUAGCCCCUACUCCUAUAUAUCACCCGCGCCCUUGAUGUGGUUUGUUCCUCUCGCUGGGCUUCUCAUUGGGAUCAUUGUGUCGUUAGCUGGCGCACCCGCGGGAGUCAAAGUAUUUGCAGAAGAGAGGCCGGUCUACUGGCGGGAAGCGGCGUCAGGGCACAACAUCGGCUCCUACUACAUCGGCAAAACCAUCGCAGCAGUGUACCGGUUCGUCUUUGCCGCGCUCCACUUCACAUCACUCUUUGUUCUCCUCGCAAAGCCUCAGUCGCCAUUCGGACGACAGUACGCCAUCAUCUUCCUCGAGUUCUAUGGCGUCUACGGCCUGGCGGCGAUCGUAAGUAUGAUCGUCGAUCGGAAGAAUGCAAACCUAAUGGCGGUCGUGACAUGCCUCUUCGCGGCUAUCUUCUGCGGCUUUGGGCCUUCGUUGAAGGAAGCUCGGAGCUGGCAUAUAGUCUUCAUCUGGGAUAUAUCCUACAAUCGAUGGGGGGCCGAAGCGCUGUAUCACGAGUACACCGCCCCCUUCAAGGGCAUAUACGAAAUCGAAGCCUCCGCGGCCGUGCAAGGUUUCACAUUAGAGCGGUUCGGGUUCGAUUGUGCCAUGAUUUUCAUCCUCGGCGCCGCUUCCCGCGUGAUUGCUUUCUUGCUUAUGGUCUUUACUAAUCGAGACAAGCAGCGGUGAACAAUAGAUUAUAGACAACUCUUUAGCGUAGCUUCCGUAGCCCGACAUUUCACAUGUUUUCUGUAACCUAAGUAUGGGCGAUAUUGAAAAGUGGUAAAGAAGCCCACGUAGUUCGAAAAGUCUUCGACAGCAUGAAUGGGACAACGUACAAAGCCCACAUGGUGUCGAGGAAUCCGAGACUGAGCUUUGGCAAUUGCAUGGGUGGGCGGACUUCCAAUAUUGCCGGGUUCUGACAGCGCGACCUCGCUCAUUUCCUCCUCGGGCUGACGAGUCGAUGUGCGCUGUCUACGGAGAAAC